ACCUCCCAGCCCGCACGUACGCGCCUUCCCCCUCCUCCCGCUCCCGCACGGCGGGAGGCCGCUGAGGCAGCAGCGGAGGCACCCGGGGGCGCCUGGCGGGCCAGCCCCAGGUGGCACACGGCCCCGCACGCCGCGGAGCUCCGCGGGCGGCUUGGGGGCCCCUCGACGCCCGUUUCGCAGGCCGGGGCGCCGCCUGCGCGCUCUCCCCGCGCGGGCGGAGGCGGCGGCCGGGCAAGGUAUGAGAACUCAAUGGGGUCAGCCAAAAAUGUGAUAAGCGAGCCCGUUGAUGUGGAGGAAGGUUAUAACAUGAUGGCUUCUUUCCAACGCUCUAAUAGUCAUGACAAAGUGAGGAAAAUAGUUGCAGAAGAGGGACGUACGGCAAGGAACCUAAUUGCAUGGAGUGUCCCACUGGAAAACAAAGAGGAUGAUGGAAAAUCAAAGUGGCAAGCUGGUGGAAAAACAAAGAGGGUGACUCAAGGAACACACAAGACUGCAAAACAGAGUGCUACCAUAGACUGCAAAUUGACAUCAGCAGCAGCUGGAGAUAAAAACUUUGACAAAAGCCCAACAAAAACAAGGCAGCCUCGAAAAAUUGAUCUGCGAGCUCGAUACUGGGCAUUUCUUUUUGACAACCUUAGACGGGCAGUUGAUGAAAUCUAUGUUACAUGUGAAUCGGAUCAGAGUGUGGUAGAAUGCAAGGAAGUCCUGAUGAUGCUAGGUAACUAUGUAAGGGACUUCAAAGCAUUGAUUGACUGGAUACAGCUACAGGAGAAGCUAGAAAAGGCUGAUGCUCAAAGCAGACCUACUUCAUUAGCAUGGGAAGUAAAGAAAAUGUCUCCAGGACGCCAUGUGAUCCCAAGUCCGUCAACAGAUAGAAUUACUGUGACGUCAAAUGCUCGGAGAAGUUUAAAUUUUGGGAACCCUUCAGUGACGAUCGCUGCAACACGCCUGGCUCCUGCUGGCGUAAGUUGGGCUGAUAAGGUAAAAGCCAACCAUGGAGCUAAAGCUGCCAAUCCUGACCUGGCAACGGCACAAGCCUGUCUGCCAGCUUCAACACAGAAGUCAUCACGGAAAAACGAUCGGAAGGAUGCAGAGGGUUGGGAAACAGUUCAGCGUGGAAGGCCUGUUCGAUCUCGGUCCACAGCUUUGGCAACAAAAACACCUGUAAUUGCAGAAUCACUAAAGUCUAAAGGUGACAGUGACAAAGAAAAUGCAGUUUCCUCACCAUCAGAGAAUAAGCUUAGCAGUUCGUUCAAUGGCAGCAGUGCAUCCAAAAGCAUGGAGCUUCUACAGGAAGAUCCUUUACAUCAGUCUGAACAUGCUCUUGCUGAGAGGACUCAGUUCACAGCACACACAUCAGAAGACAGCGGAAGCACUGGCACACUGUUGCAAGAAGGUUCCUUACAAACGCUUUCUGAGAUGCCUCCGGUUCUCACAAGUAUUGACUGUACUUUAGAAAGUCUACAGAUUGAAGCUUCCUCCCUGAUCUGUGAUAGUAUAGAUCAGCAUCAAACAGGAAAAGCUAAAACUGAAAGUGAAAUGGAUCCCUCAGAUAUUUCAAAUGUGAGUGCUGCCAGAUUGUCUAUGGCAGAAGUCCUUGCUAAGAAAGAAGAGUUAGCAGACCGCCUGGAAAAGGCAAAUGAAGAAGCCAUUGCUAGUGCUAUUGCAGAAGAGGAGCAGUUAACUAGAGAGAUUGAAGCAGAGGAAAACAAUGACAUUAAUAUUGAGACUGACAAUGAUAGCGACUUCUCUGCUAGCAUGGGCAAUGGAAGCAUAUCUUUCUGUGGUAUAUCUAUGGACUGGAAUGAUGUCCUGGCAGAUUAUGAAGCCCGUGAGUCAUGGCGCCAGAAUAAUUCUUGGGGAGACAGAGUAGAAGAAGAGCCUGCACGCCCACCUGGCCACGGAAUACACAUGCAUGAGAAACUCUCGUCACCAUCACGCAAAAGAACAAUAGCGGAAUCCAAAAAGAAGCAUGAAGAGAAACAAAUGAAAGCGCAGCAGCUGAGAGAAAAGUUACGAGAGGAAAAAACACUGAAGCUUCAAAAAUUAAUGGAGAGGGAGAAAGAUGUACGGAAAUGGAAAGAAGAAUUAUUAGAUCAAAGACGCAGGAUGAUGGAGGAAAAAUUACUCCAUGCAGAAUUUAAACGUGAAGUGCAGCUACAAGCAAUUGUGAAAAAAGCACAAGAGGAAGAAGCUAAGGUAAAUGAAAUUGCAUUUAUAAACACCUUAGAAGCUCAGAACAAACGUCAUGAUGUGUUGAAUAAACUAAAAGAAUAUGAACAACGCUUAAAUGAAUUACAAGAAGAGCGUCAACGAAGGCAAGAGGAAAAACAAGCACGUGAUGAAGCUGUACAGGAGCGUAAGAGAGCCCUGGAGGCAGAACGGCAAGCCCGAGUUGAGGAGCUGCUGAUGAAACGGAAAGAACAGGAAGCACGGAUUGAGCAGCAGAGGCAAGAGAAAGAGAAAGCACGGGAAGAUGCAGCACGGGAAAGGGCCAGAGAUCGAGAAGAGAGGUUGGCAGCUCUUACUGCAGCUCAGCAGGAAGCCAUGGAAGAACUACAGAAGAAGAUUCAGCUGAAGCAUGAUGAAAGUAUUCGGAGGCACAUGGAACAAAUUGAACAAAGAAAAGAGAAGGCAGCUGAAUUAAGUAGUGGAAGACAUGCUAAUACUGAUUAUGCACCAAAACUUACACCAUAUGAACGAAAAAAACAGUGCUCAUUAUGCAGUGUCAUGAUUUCCUCUGAAGUAUACCUUUUUAGCCACAUUAAAGGGAAAAAACAUCAACAGGCUGUCAGAGAAAACAGCAGUAUCCAAGGACGAGAGCUUUCGGAUGAAGAAGUGGAGCACCUGUCACUAAAAAAGUACAUUGUGGAUAUUGUGGUUGAGAGCUCUGUUCCUGUGGAACCGUCAAAAGACGGAGAGGAGAAGCAAAAAACUAAAAAGAAAGCCAAAAAGCUAAAAGCACGGAUGAACUCCAGGGCAAAGGAAUAUGAAAGCUUGAUGGAAGCAAAAAAUGCCAUCUCUGAUUCUCCAUACAAAGCAAAGUUACAGCGAUUAGUAAAAGAUCUUCAAAAGCACGUCCAGAUGCAGGAUAGCUGUUCAUUGCCGAGCAACAAGGUUUGUGCUCUGGACAGGACUUUAGGAGAGAUCUCUCGUAUUCUGGAAAAAGAGAACACAGCAGAUCAAGUGGCAUUUCGGGUUGCAGGAGGACUGACGGCCCUUGAACACGUUCUUCAAACAGUGACUUCUUCCACCAAUCUGAAUGCAGUUUCACGGAUUUCUGUUAAGUCACUCUGCAAUGCAGUAAAUGCUUACAGCCUGACUUGCAGUAACUGCACUGAAAACUGCACCUAUAUUCUUUUUAGUAAUAAGAUCACUUUUCUAAUGGACCUGUUGAUGCACCAGUUUAUGGUUAAUGUUCCAGAGGACCAUAAUGCCACUUCAGGCCGCAGUGCAAAUAAACAGGUAUUUGAAGGUCUAACAACAGGACUUCUCAGGAUAACUGCUGUGAUUUUUGGAUGUCUGAUCUCCAGCUUCCCAGAUAGACACAACCACUACAAUACACUGAAGAUAAUACAGGAAGUGAAGAGCAAAUCCUCACAAGCUGAAGCCUUCAACAGCAGAGUCCAAGACCUGAUCAGCUACGUGGUGAACAUAGGAUUGAUAGACAAGUUGUGUUGCUGUUUCCUCUCCGUUCAAGGCCCUGUCGAUGAGAAUCCCAAAAUAGCCACGUUUCUGCAAAAUGCCACAGCAGUGUUGCACGGAAUAUGUCGACUAUGUUUUGCUGUCAAUGGAAGAUCUUGGAACAUAUUUGACAAUACGCGCCAGGAUCCCACAGGACUAACGGCCGUUCUUCAGUCUACAGAUCUGGUGGGAGUCUUGCACAUGCUCUACUGCGUCCUCUUCCACGGGACCAUUUCCGAUCCAAACACGGCGAGUCCCAAGGACAGCUACGCCGAGAGCACCAUCCAGGUCGCCAUCCAGAGUUUACGUUUCUUCAAUAGUUUUGCUGUUCUUGAUCUGCCUGCUUUUCAGUCUAUUGUGGGUGCUGAAGGACUGUCCCUUGCGUUCCGUCACAUCGUCAGCUCGCUGCUGUGGUACUGCUCCCAGCAUACCUGUGAAGGACUGCUACAUGAAGUCAUUAUUUGUGUGGGCUAUUUUACUGUAAACAACAUGGAUAAUCAGAUAAUUGUGCAGUCGGGCCGUCACCCCACCGUGCUGCAGAAACUGUGCCAGUUGCCUUUCCAGUAUUUCAGCGAUCCUUGUUUAAUCAAAGUGCUCUUCCCUUCGCUCAUAGCAGCUUGUUACAAUAACCCUCAGAACAAGCUCAUCCUGGAGCAGGAGAUGAGCUGUGUUUUGCUCGCCACCUUCAUUCAGGAUUUUGCACAGAGUUCAGGCCAAACGGAUAAUCAGUCAUCUCUGCAGCGGGAAAAAUUUUUCAGUUCUCAGGAUUAUCUUGAGCUGUGCAACCGGUUCCCUCGCCAGGCCUGGGAGGAGGCUCGCCAGUUCUUCUUGAAGAAAUGAGCACGUUGCGCUAACGGUUAGGACGCGAACGUUUUAACGCUGAGCAGUGUGGGCUGACGGCCUUCCCGAGAAAGCUCUUCUGAAAACUUUUUGAUACUCUAAAUACUUAUGCUGUAGAUAUAUAUAAUUUGCACUAUUUAUAUCAUAAGUAUUGUAGAUAUUUCCAAGUUCUGUUUUGUAAUUUUGAUAAUUUGAGUUUAUUUCAUGCGCGUAUCCUAUGUGAUGGUUUGGGUACUCUCUACCCUGCGAUGUGGUGGUACUUGCACUGCAAAACUGCUGAAAUAAGGUUGCAAAUAGAGAAAAAAUGUUCUAUAUAUCUUGUAAUAAAGUAACUUAUUCUGUCUGUAGUGCGACUUCUGUGUUACCAACGUUGGUGUGUUCAGAUUACCACGAGCAACGCACGACCCGCAGCGAGAAAAACAAGACUUGUGCGAUGUCGUUUGGGUUAAAAGCCUAAAGGACUGGUCAGCUUUGCUGCCGCUGACGGUUCGCGGCUUGUUUUUUGGCGGUUUGGGAUAAGUGAUUUUUAAUCAAUACGCGUUUUUAACGUUUCGGUAAGACUUUAAUAAUGCCUGUUCAAACCGUGUGAUGUUCGCGUAACGGCGCCUUUCCGCGAAGCACUAUUAAAACGCAAAACGGC